AUGAAUCCUACCAUGCAUAACGCAUAUCGCCAGUACCCUCAAGCACAGGGCAGGUCCCCCGCUGCAGCGCGUCGCCCUGGCCCUGUUCCGGUAGGUUCGCAUACACAACCACACCCCAGCAUAGUCAGUCAGCAACAAGCACAGCGUAAUGUCCAUGUUGAACACCAACUGGCCCAGCGCCGAUCCAAGAAACCAAACGAUCGCAACAUGCCGGAAGGUCUGGAAGAAGUCACCAUUGGCGACGGAGUACAGCAAUACAAGGAGCUACGGGAUGUGGAGAGACAGUUGGACUAUGCGAUGAUGAGGAAGAGGCUGGAAAUUGGUGAUUCCAUACACCGUAUAAACAAGAGACAGAGAACGAUGCGCCUAUGGAUCUCUAAUACUGUAGAGAACCAACCCUGGCAGGAAAGAGGAUUAGAUUCUGAUGCAUUCGACUUUGGCACAGGGGUUGAUGGGACUUAUAGGGUGAAAAUUGAGGGUCGCUUGAUUGAUGAUGACUCGGAAGAUCCCACCAACAAUGACGACGAAGAGGAGGAACAGGGAGAGGAUAUUCCGAUGCCUGAGGCACCAGAAAAGGCUCCAAAAGGAAAGACUCGAAAGCGACUGUCCCAGUUCUUCAAAGCAAUCAACGUCGAGUACGACAGGUCAAGAACUAUGUCAGCGGAGCCUUCGCAGAUCGAAUGGAAGAAGCAGCCUGGCAGCGCAGAAUUCGACUCUAUAGAAUUCGAACGAAAGGGUGACGAGAACAUGAAUGUCACCAUCGGUCUUAGCAGGGCAGAUUCACCUGAACGAUUCCGUCUGAGCAAAUCACUGUCCGAUGUUCUAGACACUGACGAAGAUGACAAGACCGGUGCUGUUUUGGGAAUCUGGGACUAUGUCAAAGCAAUGGGAUUGCAAGAGGACGAAGAGAAACGGGCUGUACGGUGUGACGACCGAUUGCGAGCAAUAUUCGGAACAGAUACGGUCUACUUUCCUCAAAUCCCCGAGCGACUGAUCCCCCAUCUUCUACCCUUACAUCCCAUCAAACUACCCUACACUAUCCGCGUUGACGCCGCCUACCAAUCCUCGCCUCAACCAACUAUCUACGACAUUCGUGUCACAGUUGACGAUCCCCUUCAGGCCAAAAUGCUUGCCAUGACCCAGAAUCCGGAAUAUCCUGCCACGCUGCGUCAGAUCUCACAGCUCGACGACCAUCUGGCCAUGACCAUCCAAGCAUUAGCACAAUCGAAAGCGAAACAUUCCUUCUAUAAGUCCAUGCAGAGUGAUCCUGUCAAUUUCGUCAAGCGCUGGAUGAGCAGUCAGAAGAGAGAUCUGGAAGUCAUCUUGGGAGAAGCUACGAGAGGUGGCGGAGAAGAUGGCAGUGCGCCAGAAUUUCAGAGGGGUGGAAGUGAGGGUGUCUGGGGGACGCAGGUUGUGAAGGAGGCAGUCAGAUACAAGUUGGCCAAGGACAUGACGGCGAAGAGGUGA